UGCUCGUGGCCUCGGCUAGGAGAGUGUGAGGCCUCCGCUCAGUACACCCGCCCCUCCACAGGCAGCCGCUGAACAUCCCGAUCGAAGCCCCCUCUCUUUUGAACCUCUCGCUCGUCCCCUCUGGCCCAGCCACUGUCUCCUCCACCGCUCCCAUGGACUUACUGGGCCCCAUGGAGAUGACGGAGGGCUCCCUCUGCUCCUUCACAGCUGCUGAUGACUUUUACGAUGACCCAUGCUUCAACACGUCAGACAUGCACUUCUUCGAGGACCUGGACCCCCGGCUGGUGCACGUGGGGGGCCUGCUGAAGCCCGAGGAGCACUCGCACCACCACGGGCACCACCAUGGGCACCCGCACGAGGAGGAGCACGUUCGAGCACCCAGUGGGCACCACCAGGCCGGCCGCUGCCUGCUGUGGGCCUGCAAGGCUUGCAAGAGGAAGACGACCAACGCCGACCGCCGCAAGGCUGCCACCAUGAGGGAGCGGCGGCGGCUCAGCAAGGUCAAUGAAGCCUUUGAGACCCUCAAGCGCUGCACCUCCACCAACCCCAACCAGCGCCUGCCCAAGGUGGAGAUCCUGCGCAACGCCAUCCGCUACAUCGAGAGCCUGCAGGCACUGCUGCGGGAGCAGGAGGACGCUUACUACCCAGUGCUGGAGCACUACAGUGGGGAAUCGGAUGCCUCCAGCCCUCGUUCCAACUGCUCUGAUGGCAUGAUGGAGUACAGCAGGCCACCUUGCAGCUCUCGCAGAAGGAACAGCUACGACAGCAGCUACUACACAGAAUCGCCAACUGGUGAGUAUGUGCCAUACUAGCCCUGUGAAACCUGGAGAUGGAGGCUGUCAAGCUUCCACAUGCCUUCUCUGUCCCCUGUUAUUAAGCUGGCCCCGGGCUGGGCUGGAAGAGGAACCUGCCUUUUCAGCCAGCAAGCUGUGGAUGCUAGUAGGAGCAGUGGAUUUCCUCUAUAUGUACUUGCAAAUUCAGGCAUAUGUUACAGCUGCAGUUCCUAUUUUGCAAACAUAACAUCUGGAUAAAAAUACAUUCCUCUCUUUAACUAAUUUCUAGUGUUUUGCAUGAAGACUCUUCUAACUCUAUCCAAACCGGAGAAAUUGUUGACUGUUUUCAAAUCCUCCAUUCCCUUUCUAUGGACUGAAGUGAAGGCCUGGA